AUGAGUAUUGUGGACGAAAGUCAUUUAUCGCAGCGUGCAGAAGAGACGACGUUUUAUCAUGCGGAGAAUAUUACAUUUUCGAAGAAUUUCAGAGAGAAUCUUAUUCAAGCAUCUGAUGAUCUUCUCAACAGAUGUCUGAACGAAGAUGCUCAGUUUCUGGCAGAACUGGGCGCAACAUUAUCAGAAAAUUACCAUCACAAUGGUCAAGAAGAGAGUCUGGCGAAAUGCCCUACGAAUCUUCGCGAGCGGCUUAGAAUAAUUCAAGCGAGAACGAACAUUUACAAUUUUCAGUGUUCACAAGUUCAACUUUGUUUGAAAGAGUCGACUUGCAAUUCAGAAGAAGCCGAUUAUCUUCGGUUUUUGGCAGAGUACAGACAACUAGCGCGAAAUCUACCGGAGAAUUGGACAGAGCAAACUGCAUCCGAAGUCGGCAUUAUCACAACACAAGCUGGCUUCGGCCCCUUGAGACUCAAACUCGAACAGAAAGUCCUCAGUGGAAAUGCUGAUGCGUUUACUGUCUAUUUAUUAGGUCUUGCGUACAAAGCGGUUGGAGAUUUAGACAAGGCGAAACAGACGUUUAUAAAGGCGAUUACGCUGUAUUCCUACUUAUGGGGAAGUUUCAACUAA